GAGACAUCAAAAGUUAAUUGGCACAAACCAAAAUUAAAACAAUUUUUAUUAGUAACGUAGUGUUAUUUUCUUGAUUACCUAAACAAACUAUCGAGGGACCAUAAUACACAGGUUUCAUGGAAUUCUUUGGAAUAACCUUGUAUGGUCCUCAAAACUAUAUAAAAGAUAUGCUGAGAGAUGAAUACCAAGAACCAGAUAGAAAAGAAGAUGUAAAGCCUCUCAUGGAAAAAGUUGAAAGCUAUUCCACUAUGCCCAAGAAGAUUCAAAGGCCAGAUGUCGACACAAUACGGGUGAUUGACUUGUACAUCGGCAGAGUAAACGGUUUCGCAUACGGUUCUUUUCAAAGAUUUGUGAAAAUGAAGCGAAAAGGAGUCAUUAAGCCAACAGGGCCUUCGGACAUGUAUAGACUUCCACCAGUGUCAUCUGUUGACUAUGGAUGGUGGCAACAUGAUCCGGAAUUGCAAAAGGUGACAUGGCACCACACAUAUCCGAGGCAUCCGCAACCGUCGUCUCCAAACACUUUGAUUCUUGAUGUAGUUCGGAAGAAUAAUAAAUAUGCAUCUUUAUUCUAAAUCUGCUGUGUUGCUGGAUGCUGUUGAUAUAAAGUUCGUUAACUGGAUGACCAAGACGCGCACCACAUUAAUUUCUACUUAUAUCGAUGCAUUUUGCCGUCUAAAAUUAAUGGAUGUCAUCGUGGUGUGUAUCCUCCUAACCCAGCAGCU